CACGUAAGCAUGUGUGUAUGUAGGAAGUUGUUCGAUGCGAUGACAACGACAACCUAACUCUUGUGUUAAAUGUUGUUUCAAUGAAGAAAGGAAAUAAUUUGAUGCUCCUUGCACCCUCCAAGCUACACAACUUUGGUCAUCGGAAGUGGCCUCUUUGAAUAAUUGAGAAGAAAAUCCUGCAAUAUUUCAUCAACAACUCGAUUCCAAACUUGAUCACUACAAUGGAUGCCAAGACAAAGAGACCUUAUAUGCUUAUGAACAGAGGUCAAAGUUCAUGCGUCAAGGGUGCCAUCAUAGCCUUUGUUUUAUUGAGUACAAUGGCGGUCAUGUGCUCUGCUGCUAAGGAUUACUACGAGCUACUUGUAAUUGAACGAGAUGCAAGUACCAAAGACAUUCGACGAGCUUUCAAGAAACUUGCUCUUAAGAUGCAUCCAGAUAAGAACCAGGAUGAUCCCAAAGCACACGACAAGUUUGUUGAAAUUAACCGAGCGUAUGAGGUUCUGAAAGAUGAGGACCUUCGUAAGAAGUACGAUCGUUUUGGAGAGGAAGGUCUCAAGGAUCAGCAAGGACAGGGACGAUGGAACCGCUAUGAGAGCUGGCAGUACUACAAGACGGAAUUUGGUUUAUAUGAUGAAGACCCAGAGGUGGUGACUCUUUCAAAGACGGAUUUCGAACAAUCGGUGUUUGGUGAAGAUAUUUGGUUUGUCAAUUUCUACUCUCCGCGCUGUCAUCAUUGUCACGACCUUGCACCAAUAUGGCGUGAAUUUGCUAAAGAGAUGGAAGGAGUGAUCCGUAUAGGAGCUGUCAAUUGCCAUGACGACAAUCCUCUCUGUACUGCCCAGGGUGUUCGAUUCUUUCCUACGCUCAACAUUUAUCCAGAGAAAGAGGAAUAUACCGGAGCUCGUAAGCUGGAUGAUCUGAUGAAACACGCGUUGCGUCUUGUGCAUGCUGAGGUGCACUCCAUUUGGACUGGUAAUUUCAAGAAAGUGCUGCUUGCUGAGGAGCAUGAGGACCAACCUUGGGUGGUGUCGUACUGUGGAGCACCAGAUGGUCAUGACGGUGAAUCAACUGAAGUUGCUCACUCGGGAUGCUUUGAUACAGAAGACCAAACUAAGUUGGCCUCUAUAUUGAACAAAGUGGUAAAUGUAGGAGCAGUUGAUUGCGUUGCUUCAGCUAAACUCUGCAAGAAACUAAACAUUGAAGAGAGCACCAUAAGGUUUUAUCCAACUGGAAAGAAAGCCUUUUCAUCUAAAAGCAAAGAGUUUGAGUUGGAUGAACCAAAGAGAAUUGCUGAUGAAGUCUUGAAACUUCUUCCAGAUAUCUUAACUCUCACAGAUGAAGAAUUGCAGAGCGGCCGUGAUGCAUUGAAGGAUGGUAAGACCGAUGAGGCGAUGGUAGUCUACUUCAUGAGUGGGAAAGAGGAUCAUGUGAUUGAACUCCGCAAGCUGCCCUACCUCCUCAAACAUUUGACGGUGGGGAAAUUUAACUGCACGGAGCAUCAGAGUCUUUGUCGGGAGUUAUUCAUUGGUACAGAACUGCCAAAGGUGGCACUGUUCAGGAAAGGUGGUGCUCAUGAAUUUCACCAUGGCCGUCUGUUUGCCCAAGACAUUGCAGCCUUUGCCAGACAGAGCAUUGAUUCUCGUUUGCAUAUGCUUGGCCCGGACAGUUUCCCAAACCCUGUUAUCAACAGUGGCAAGCUGUGGUUUGUGGAUUUCUUUUCACCACAUUGCCCGCCAUGCCGUCAGAUGUUACCUCAGUUACGCAAAGCGGCCACUCUGCUACCAGACGUCAACUUUGGCACAGUUGAUUGUACCAUUCACAACCCACUGUGUAAUCAAAACAAUGUCAGGUCCUACCCAACCACCAUCAUGUACAACGACAGUAAGCCGCAUAUGAACACGGGAUACAAGACUGCAGAGGAGAUUGUAGACUUCAUAGAGGACAUGCUUCAUCCAACAGUGGUCGAUCUUGACCCCACUAGCUUCCAAAAUCGGGUCAUUAACCGCAAACAAGAGGACAUGUGGUUGGUAGAUUUCUAUGCUCCGUGGUGCGGUCCGUGUCAAGCGUUGCUUCCUGAGUGGAGAAAGCUAGCCAAGAAGUUAAAUGGCACAGCUAAUGUUGGGACCAUUGACUGCGUUACCCAUGGGGGUCUAUGUACCCAGCAAGGAGUCCGAAGCUACCCAACUAUCAGAGCCUUCCCUGGUGGCAGGACUGGCAACGCUGGCAGAUCUGAUUACAAUGGUUGGAUGAGAGAUGCAUCUUCAAUCUUCUACUGGGCUUAUAACUUCUUGCCCUCCUCCGUGGAGGUUGUUACAAGGAGCAAUUUCAGGGAGAAAGUGUUACGGAGCAAGGAGCCAUGGGUUGUUGAUUUCUACAUGCCUCAAUGUAUGCCAUGCCAGCAGUACAUGCCUGAGUAUGAACAGGUUGCAAAGGAUGUGAGUAGCUUUGUGCAUGUAGGGAAAGUGGACUGCACACAAAACCAAAAUAUAUGUCAACAGGCGAGCAUAAAUUACUUCCCUUCGGUGCGGAUAUACAAAGGAACCACCAAAGAUGGAAUUUCACAGAAUUGGUUCGGAGAACAAGUUGACAAAACACCUAGCACUUUAAUACCUUAUCUCAAACAGAGAUUUCGCCAAAAAUUAAACAAUCAGAGCAAAAAAGCAGCGAAGGACGAACUUUGACCUCCCCAUCAUCUGUACAUAGAGUAUACAAUCCAGUUUCAUUGGGGUAGGAGACGGGAAUCCAACUUAUUGUAGAACCAGACUAUUAUGGUACUGGUGCAAACGCCUAAGCAUUUUAAUCUUAUUUAUAGGUAUGGUUUUAGUUUGAAGAACUAUCAUGUUGUAUCGACUCAUAACAUCCCCUAAAACCAUCUCACUCGAGAAAACAUGAGAGAUCUUAGAGAUUAUGUGCAACCCAAGUUUAAUGUCUUUCUGGACAGAGCCUAGUUUCAUAGAGGUGCUAACUGCACAAACACAUUGUAUACAGCAACAUAAUAGCAGCCCAAAUUGUUUGUAACUUAUACAUUUUGUAACUAUCUACCUGCAUAUUUUCCGCUUAGCAAGAUUUUCUGCUAACCAGCUCUAUGAAAUUAGCCUCUGAAUUUCUUACAAAAAUAACGCGUAACAAAUAUGUGAAAUGGUUUGUUUGCCAGUUGUAUGUUUGAAUUUUUGUUUACCCUUUUUAAAUAUCAACACCUUAUGUCGCAUGUCUCUUAUACUUUUUUACUUUGAAUUUGCACUGAAACUACUUAUUUCGUAUCUUAGCGAAACAAACAAUCUUGUUUUGUAUUUGUACCUUUUUAAAAAAGACUUUUCCAUUAUCAUUAGCAUGCUGUUAACACUUAAUUAAUGUUCCUAUUUGGAGUAUAUGGUAACAGGAAUAAACAGGCUCCCUGAUCCUUAUUAUUUCUUUUCCAGUACUAAUAAAUUGCCUUGUAGCACUAACUGUCCUUUUAAAAAAGGUCCGACCAAAUAUUUUAUGACUGUGAAUCAGAUCAAAGUCGGACAAUUACGUAAAUAGGAUUUCGGAGGGUUUGAAGCGUUAUGGCUAAUAACAAACUAGUUACGUGUUAUCUGAAUUGAACACAUGAAUUGUGUAUAGACAUAAAGACAUUUUUAGCACAAAUUAUUCUUGGGUAAACAUUUGAAUUGGCUGUAAUUUUGAUCACGAGACAAUUUAUGAAUUUGAAGCAUGCUUACUUAAACCUCAAUUUUGCACAAUUUUACUUAACUUAAUAAGGUUACCAGCUAAAUUUCUAAUAAUACUAUGUACCAUUCAUGACUGGUUUCCUUCUUAUUUUUACUUGGCAGAAACAUUUGAAUCACCACUGUUGCAUUUUGAAUUUAUGGGCAAGUGAUGAUUAUGUUGACUUGCCUUAAAUCCUAGCAUCGAACUGAAGUAUUGAAUUAACAAAGUAAAUAUUAUGCAUUAAGAUGUUCUAUGUAACCGGUUAUCCCUGUCAACUUGAACACAACUUAAGUUGACAGGGGUCUCGAGUUAGGACGAGUAACUCGUUCUAACUUUAGGAUUAAUCUAAGGUCUGCAUGCUACAGUGCAGGGUUGGGACUCGUCCUAAGUCCUAAGAUUAGUCUCAAGUUAGGAAGAGUUUUGUGAAAUCGUCGGCUGGUUUACUACCAACAGUGUAUGUAUAGAAUCUACACAACAUGGGUGUAGUGGGUUUCUGAAAAUAAUUUAUAACUUAUCUCAUUUAACUUGUAAAUAAAUCUUAAACUCUCAAUGUGUUUUUCUUGAUAUGAAACUACUUAAUGUAGGCAACACAUUUAAUUUUUGCCAACCUUUUUACUGAUAGUGUACUUAAUUUGCUUCCAAGUCAACGAGGUAUUACCUUUUUUCAAUACAUAUUAGAGAUAGAUGACUUGCCUUCAUCGAAUUUAAACAAAGCUUAAAAUCUUACAAAUAUCAACGACUUUAUGUAAGAGAUAUUAAAAGAGUAAGUGGUAUUGUUUCUGGCAUUAUAAGUUUCAACACAGCAACGGAAUAAAUUAUUUUUCAUAUUUUAACAACA